ACAGGGGAAGCGACUCACUCUCGAGGCUUGAGACAAAAUGGCUCCGAUUAGAGUGUUGUCGCUGGUUCUCCCCAUCCUGUCAACUGUAACGUUGUUACUGACACAGUCUGGCGAAUGCAAUAAUGGUCGAAGGUCAGGAGACGCGGUGGACACCGAUUUCAGCGGAUUCUCGGUGCCAUUAGAACACUCGUUUGAAGUGGAUGAUGUGCCAAGAUUUCGACUUCGUGGUGCGCUACAGUUAAGGGGUGGAAGGGAAAACAGUGUGUAUCUCUCACAAAACCAGCUGUCAGAGAAAGACAGGAACACACUUAAGGAUGUGGCAGCAGUUGACGGUCUGUACAGGAUCCGGGUCCCAAGAGUCUCUCUACAGGUGGAUCGACAGACAGAGAGACAGUAUGAAGGUUACCUUACCGCAUUCGUUAGAGCUUGCGCUUUGGUGGAGUCCCACCUCAGUGAUGUCAUCACCCUUCACACUGAUGUCAGCGGAUAUGUCAUUGGCAUUUCUAUAGUGACGAUCCCUGGUUCUUGUCGUGGGAUAGAGGUGGAGGAUGAGGUUGACCUGGAAGUCUUUAACACAACAAUAAGCGUCAUGGCACCAGUCACUGCACCUGUACCUGAAACAGCCCCUUAUAUUGAAAGGAUGGAAAUGGAAAUGGAAAAGAAAGGCAAAAACCCACAAGAGCAGAAAUCCUUUUUUGCCAAAUAUUGGAUGUAUAUUGUCCCGCUUGUUCUAUUCCUGAUGAUGUCAGGAGCUCAGGAUCAGUCCGGAGGCGGAGCUGGAGGAGGGGCGGCCAAUGGAGGAGGACGAUGAUUCCCAUGACGACAAAAAACUCCUGCGUUGUACAUAAUAAUUUAAAGCAGAUUUUGAGUUCAUUGAGACCCAGAAUAAUAUGUGUACAUUCACAAACGAAGGAUUGAUGUAGAGAAAUAACGAUUGAAAAGCUUAACUUAUGACUGCAUUGUUGAUUUGUGUUUUUACUACUGAUUUAAUAAAAUAAUUUGAUGACCGCUAAA